UCAGUCCAGCACACAAACUUCACAGAGAGCUGCGAGGAAACAUCAGAAAGUCGCUCGCGCUCCUCCAGAAUGAACUUUUGGAACUUACGUCGCUACAAGUAUACAAAGGAAUACGGUUUCCAGCUAAAUAACAAUUCCUGAGCACGUUGUUUUUUUCACUACCACGAACAACGGAUUUAUUUAGUAGGCGACUGCCUUUAUUCAUAGUUUUAACGGACAGCAGUGGUCGCUUUGCUGGGGAAGGACCUCUUCAGUGUGAACGCCUUUACAGAUGUCUUUAUAAUGGAGGAAAAUGUUUAUUGUGUUUCAGCUUUUUCCUUUUAGUGUUUGUUUUAACCGGUGAAUAUUCACAGCAGAUGUCUGCCGGCUCCAGCUGAGUCUCUUCCAUGUAGAUUUUGUAUAAAACAUAAAGUAAAGUUCUUUGGCACCUUAAUGAAUACACCAGGUGGUAACUAACCGCGUUUAAGUUAGAAAGGAUGGCCGGCGUGGUGCGCACCCUGAGCCGGUGUUUGCUGCCCGCUGAGGCCGCUCAAGAUGACAGGAGAAACGGGAAAGCACGAGACCGCGAACGCGACGCGAACCGGGAGCGCGAGGCGAAGCGGCGCAGUCGCGAGAUCGACUCUAUGCUCGCGCGCGAGAGACGCUCGGUGAGGCGUCUGGUGAAGAUCCUGCUGCUGGGCGCCGGAGAGAGCGGCAAAUCCACCUUCCUCAAACAAAUGAGGAUCAUCCACGGGAAAGAGUUUGACCAGAAAGCGCUGCUCGACUUCAGGGAUACCAUCUUCGAGAAUGUCAUCAAGGGGAUGCGGGUGCUGGUGGAUGCCCGAGACAAACUUGGCGUUCUCUGGCAGAACUCUGAGAACGAGAAGCAUGGCAUGUUUGUUAUGUCCUUCGAAAACAAAGCAGGCAUGCCUGUCGAACCCUGCACCUUUCAGCUGUACGUCCCAGCCCUGCAGGCACUCUGGAAUGAUAGUGGCAUCCAGGAAGCCUACGGCCGACGGAGUGAGUUUCAGCUGAGUGAAUCAGUGAAAUAUUUCCUGGACAACUUGGAUCGGAUUGGACAACUGAAUUAUGUACCGAGCCGACAGGACAUCCUAUUGGCCAGGAAGGCCACCAAGGGAAUUGUGGAGCAUGAUUUUAUCAUUAAGAAGAUCCCUUUUAAGAUGGUAGAUGUUGGUGGCCAGCGCUCUCAGAGACAGAAGUGGUUUCAGUGCUUUGACGGCAUCACCUCCAUCCUCUUCAUGGUGUCCUCCAGCGAGUACGACCAGGUGCUGAUGGAAGACCGCCGCACCAACCGUCUGGUGGAGUCCAUGAACAUCUUUGAGACCAUAGUCAACAACAAGCUCUUUUCCAAUGUGUCCAUAAUCCUCUUCCUCAACAAGAUGGACCUUCUGGUGAAGAAGGUACGCAAAGUCAGCAUUAGCAAACACUUUUCCGACUUCCGAGGAGACCCUCACCGACUGGAGGAUGUGCAGGCUUAUCUUGUGCAAUGCUUCAACCGCAAACGUCGCAACCGCAGCAAGCCACUUUUCCACCACUUCACCACUGCCAUUGACACCGAGAACAUUCGCUUCGUCUUUCAUGCCGUCAAAGACACAAUUCUUCAGGAGAACCUUAAAGACAUUAUGUUGCAGUGACUUUUACAGUAAUUUGAUCAGUUUUUUUUUUGAGUCCGUUUCCCAUCCUAUUGAAGGAAACUUUGCCUUCUGGACUUUGUUUUAACCAAUUUUGUCUUGACAACUGUGCAGGAGAAACAUCAUGUGUUAGCUAAUCAUGUACUCCAAUAUCCAAUCCUUUAUAUUUGAGACAUGGCGUGUAAAAAUGACAUGAAUCUCUAAGCCAAGAACAUUUGAAGGUAUUACAGUUUGUCACUGCAAAGAAAAUGAAGCAGACUGAUAAUUGAUCAUUAUAGAGAAUUUUCUCCUCUUUCCUCAAGAAUAAUCUCAAUGCUCAAUAACUUUACACUGGCUCAUCUCCCAAAUAACAUCCUAAAAAUAAAGAGCAAACCUGCACUGAACAUCCUGCUUGAACAAAUAGAUAAUUUCAUGUCACUUGACAGGUUUAUUUUUUAUUUAAUCUAACAUUUAAAUCACAUUUUGCUUUAUCUAUACUUGUGAGUUUAUAGAUGACAUGCAAAAUUCUCAUUAACAACUAAGCAGGGUUUUUGUACAUAGAGUGAAUAGCAGCUUUUUGUACAUGUUAACUGUCUCGUCUGCUUUUAUGUGUCUCUUCACGUUAAGCUACAAGCUUUGAAGUAUAGAGUAGGGUCAAAUCACUGGUUAUGCCUAACACCACUAACUUAAAUAAUGCAUUAAUGGUAUUCUUUAAAUGUCAUUAUUUCUCAGCAUAUGUACUUUAUGAGUAUUCAUAUGAUGUUAAUCCUCUCGAAAUGUAUGUAACCUGUGUAGUUGAUGACUUUACAAAGAGAUUACAAAGGGAGUCAACCCGUUCGGGGACUUGAGUUUUAUUCUCUGGAUCUUGAUGAAUGUCAGCUGUGAACAGCUGUGGGGUUUUGGUUUUAGCUGGAGUUGCGAUCCCGGACGAGCCCCCAAUUUGUUGCACCCAUGUUGUUAUAUUCUUUUGAACUACUUCAUGAACGGGGUGUGAAGUGACUUCUUGGUGAUUUCUGCCAAUGCUAAGUAUUUGUUGUGGGAGGUGGCACAGUUUGAUCCAUUUUCCAGAGAUAUGGUUUUGUCAUCAGAAGUAGUAGCUGACUCACAGUCUCCUUGGAGGAACAGUGGUUUCAAUUUCAGUGCAGGUGUCCACUUGUCAGAAUUUAGAGUUUUUGCCAUUGUUUUGUGUUAAGGGAAAGCUUGAGAUAAGCUAUCAAACAGUUUUCCAGUUUUAACAAGAGCAUCAAGCCCUUUUCUUGCGUUCGUUCUUGAUUGUGGACUACAAUGGAAACUGUGACUCAUUUCUUGCAAAACAACAUUGACAAUGUCUCUCUGUGCCCUAAAGGUAUUUAAAUUCUGUCCUUCCUCAUAAUCACCGCAGUGCCAUGUCGGCUUACUGAAAGUUGGCAGGAAGGGAUUUGAUUUGAGAUAUUGGACACACCCUAAACCUUUGUCCCUGACAGCUCUUCCCAGUGGGAGCAAAACACAUGCAUUUACUGGAAGAUCUCUGGCUCCUCUUGUGCACAUAAAGAAGCUGAUUGGAUUCUUUAAUUCAAGGCUGUGUUUGUCCUUGUUUCCUCUUUUAAGACCAUAAAUCCAUUGGGAGAGUUUGAAAGUUAAAUAGCGGAAAAGAAACAGCAUGAAGGCUGUUAAAACCCGCAAUCAAGAUAAGCAUAUGGCGUGCAAUUAAUUUGAUAUAAAUUAUAUUUGGAGAAUAAUAAUCAAAUAAACUGGUUCCAGUUGUGAUUCCAAUCUACUCAAGGUGAUUUAACUACAGUAUUUACGUUACAUUUGCUGCUCUGGUGUUUUGUCCCUUUUAGGAUCUCAUGAGUGUCACUAUUAACAGGAUGUCUACUUCAACACUCUUUCAGUGUUUUACUGUACUUUUUUCAACUUUCAAAUUUUGCUUCCCUAAAGUUUUAUGUAUCCAGUGAUUGUAAAAAGUGUGAAAUUCCAGAUUUUAACUUCAUUAUGUGUGUUUUGUAUAUAAGACCUGUAUAAAUCCAAUAAAAUGUUGAGUUAUA